UCGCUUUCCAGCUAGCUGUCCCAUAAACCUCAGAUUGUCAAUGUGUGGUAAAUUAGGUUACGUUUUAGGGUAAUUGCCAUCACUCUUUUAGUGGGAAAGCAAGGUGAAGGCUCUGCAUGUGGGGGAAAAAAAAUUGUCAGGAUCCAGACUCAGCCAUAAAAAACGAGCUGCGUAGGUUGUGUUCUUGCCAAACACCAAAGGUGUUCCUGUGUCAGUAGCAGGAGAAAGUUUUUGUUUCGCAAAAUAAAUCCUUUUAGUUAAGGACUGAGUUUUUAUUUGGAUAUAUAUCCUUGAUCCUUGUUGACUGCUUCGAACUUUAAUAGUCCAGAUGCGCAAAACAAAUGGAUUGGCAAAACAACCUCCAAUGGAGAUGCAGGAGGAAGGGAAAUUGGAAGAGUCGGAUAGUUCCAGCUCAUCCUCGGAAGGGGACUACCACCGGGGUACCUGGAGCCACAAACUGGACUUUCUCUUGUCAGUGAUUGGCUAUUCGGUGGGCGUUUCUAACAUCUGGAGGUUUCCUUACCUGUGCAUUAGAAAUGGUGGAGGUGCCUUCUUGAUUCCGUUUUUCUUCUUCCUGAUUUUCUGUGGAAUACCCCUGUAUUUCCUGGAACUGUGUUUAGGACAGUUCUCAGGGGUAAGUUCCAUAUUUGUAUGGAAGCUAUGUCCAUUGUUUAAAGGGUUGGGAUUUUUGAUGGUCACUGUGUCAGCAAUGAUGUCAUGGUAUUACAUCACUGUUCUGGCCUGGGUCCUAUACUACCUCGUCAAUUCUUUCUAUCACCCCCUCCCAUGGUCUGACUGUUCGGAGAGCUGGAACACUGCCCAUUGCAUUGAGUCUAGGAUCAAAGACUUUAACAAUGUCACAAACACAAUAGUGCAAAAUAUCACUUCAAAUAGCUCCUCCGUAUAUAACAUUAGUCUAGCCAGUGAAACAGGGAUCAAGAAGAAUGCAACCACAGCUGCGAAAGAAUUCUGGCAGAGGAGGGUGCUAAGGAUAUCGGAAGGAUUUGAUGAGGCUGGUUCUGUGGAGCCACAUCUUAUUGUUGGCCUCCUUGUAGCCUGGGUUCUAGUUUUCCUCUGUCUAAUGAAAGGGGUCAAAUCAGUUGGAAAAGUUGUGUAUGUGACAGCAGUGCUGCCCUACAUCUUACUGACAACCUUCUUAAUCAGGGGCCUGAUGCUGGAGGGAUCGAUGGAGGGCAUUAGGCAUUACCUCACCCCCGACUUCUCCAGACUGACUGACUUUCAGGUAUGGCUAGAGGCAGGGAUCCAGGUGUUUUACUCUCUGGGCCCAGCAUGGGGUGGACUGAUCACUAUGUCCAGUUAUAAUAAAUUCAACAACAAUUGUUUCAGGGAUGCUAUCAUUGGCAGUUUGGCUGAUGGACUGACCAGUUUUUAUGCUGGCUUUGUCAUUUUUGCAUUGUUGGGGCAUUUAGCAGCAAUGACGGGCUUAAAGAUUAGUGACAUGGCUGAUUCAGGCCCUGGUCUGGCCCUUGUUGUGUACCCGGAGGCCAUGUUGACCCUGCCCUUCCCUCACCUAUGGGCUGUGCUCUUCUUUCUGAUGUUACUGACCCUGGGCAUAGACAGUCAGUUUGGAACCUUUGAGACAGUGUCCAGUGGCCUGGCUGAUGCGUUUCCUCAGUAUUUCUCUGGGGGAAAGCGGAAAACUCUUUUAACAGCUGCGCUGUGUGCUGUCCUUUUUGUAUUGGGUAUACCUUUCAGUACAAAUGGAGGGAUGUAUUAUUUCCAAAUUGUUGAUUGGUAUGCAGCCUCAUUGUGUGUGACCUUGACCUCAUUCCUAGAGUGUGUCAUUGUGGGCUGGAUUUAUGGUGCUGAUAGAUUUAGUAAAGAUGUGAAAUUGAUGCUAGGAACAGAAGUCAAUGUAGUGAUUCGCUUCUGUUGGUGCAUCGUAACUCCUCUUGCUAUGUUGGCAGCUUUCAUCCUGACCCUGACAAACUACCAGCCUCCCACAUAUGAGGGCUACACUUACCCUGUCCAUGCCCGUGUGAUUGGAUUCCUCCUCUCUCUCGUUCCACUGAUACCCCUUCCCGUAACGGCCGUGUAUUACUUCAGGAAGGUAGAUGGGACAUUCCUGCAGAGGCUGCACAAGCUUACUCAGCCCUCUGAAGAUUGGGGUCCCCAUGUCAGCAAGUACAAGAAAGGGUACAACGAAAUCCACCAUAAUACCCCUGAUGAGACACCGCUCCUUACCAUCAAGAGAAAUCUUCUGGGAAGCCCUUCGCAUUGAUUGGAUCAAUAAUUGGCCAUCUUUGUUCAUUCAUUGUGAAUGGAGAAUUGUGUUGGUUUUAACCCUAAUUUUGGAUUACUAUCCCUUAUAUUCUCUUGCAAAAAUGUGAAGAUCUUGUAAUUCGUCCUAGACAUACAAAGUUAUGGGAACAAUUUGUUUACUAGGAGAAUGAGUUGAUUAAGAUUCAUUAUGGUACUAGUUAGAUUAUGGAGCCUCCUGAGUUAUAGUGUAUGAAAAAAUAUUUUUAAAAGCUUAGUAGUUAAGACACAAUCUAAUUUUCUAAUUAAUUUUAAUAAUAAUUAUAAUUCAAUGAUAAUAAUUUUUUUCUUUUACAUGUAAAUGAUUUCUGAACUUAGAGAGUUAAUUAAUGAGUUCCAAACUGUCUAAAAGACAAAUCAAAAGUUAAAGUAAAAGAGAUCACAGGUGAUCUCUACAGUGCGGGCAUUUUUCUGUGAAAUAAUGACAAUACAGCAAUGAAAGUCAAGUUUUGUGCUAAGUACACACCUGACCUCCUGUUUAGAAUGCGUGUAUAAACAAUGUCACUGCAACGAUUUUUUGUAUACCUUGAGAAAUGACAAAUUCAGCAGUACUUGGUGCACAUAUCUUCAUAAUUGUGUUCUUUAGUGUAGAUUCCGUAUUUUAAUAUAAAUAGAUAUAUACAAUACAUGUGUACCAGGUUACCGCUGUUUUGCAUCAGAUUGUGAGAAAAUAGAACAGUGAGUGUGGAUGUUUCAGUUAACAUUUUAUAUUUGUGAUGGUUACUUCUCAUGAUUUGAUGCGAAUAUUACUGUCAGCGGUAAUUUCUUGCAUUCGAUUAGGAAUCCUCAGUGUUUAAAAAUUGCCAAAUUGGGGAUUGAAGUGAAUAAUUUAUAUUGCAUAAUAAGUAUUUACAUAUUAAGUGUCAAUAUUUUAUAUAUACAUGAAUUUCAAGAACAUUCCCAUUAGUUAUGGUGUAUAUUUAGUUUAGGCAAGCAAAUAUGAUUAUAUAUCAUUAGAUCGGUUUAUUCUUACAAUUUUAUUAUUUUCAUAUUGAAAAACGUCUAACGUUUCCAUUUAUGUAAAUACGAAAAAGCAUUCCAUCAACAUUGAAAGGUUACAAAUUGUUUUUAGAUGAAUACAUUGUUAAUAAACUUACAAAUUAUUAAAUAUUGAAUUUUUCUCUGUAUAGUUGAAAAACAAACCAUAAUAUGUUUAUUUCUGUUAGUUAUUUGAUUGGAGAAUUUUUAAGACUGAAUCUUAUGGUCUUUUUAGAAUUAUAGUGAAAAACAUCCAAAAGGAUAAUUAGGCCUAUAUCAUUAUCUUUAGUUCAGUUAAUUGAUUCAAUUUAAAAUCUUUCGAUUUGUGGUUAUGAAUUUAUUAUUAAUUCUUUAUUGAAUAGAAUGGUAUAAACAUGUACACUGUACAUGUUAUAAAUUUUGAUAACCAGAUUUGUAUAAUGUACAUGCUUGUUUUUAUCUUGUUAUUGUGUUCUGAGUUGUCUCUAUUGAAAAUGAUUUAAACUUGCAGUCUUGGGAGUUUUUUGUAUGUUAUAUUGAAUUGGUGUGUACUUUUGUUUUUUAGACAAUCAGGAGGGUUAUAUGUAUCAUUUAUCUACCAGUCAUGGCUAAUUUUCAGCAUUUUUCCUUUUUUAAUACAGUUUGUUUGCCAGAGCCCAAAACAUUGAUAUGUUGUUAAAAGGUAUAUUGUGCAUGUAAGACAUGUACUAUGAAUAUCAUACUGUAUACACCUACUUCAGUUCUCUGCAGCAGGAAAUUCUAUUGGAGAUUUGUUCAUUUUUUGAGAAUAUAUGUUUUGGUUUUUUAUUUAAUUAAUAACUGAAAGGAUAUUAUCUUCAGUACACAUCGAUUUUGUGAUUAGUUUUAUGUACAAAAUGUUACAGAAAAAUUAAUUUGCCAAUGAUGAUAAGAAAGUAUGCUACAUUGCAGCAAAAUUUCAUGAUCUAUUAUACACCUCUACUAAAGAUUCCUAAUUAAACACGAGGAAUUAAUAUCCGCAUAAAAUCAUUAGAAGCACAUCUCACCUUUAUUUUUCAGACAGAUGAUAACUAAUAAAAGAAACUAUGGCCUCACGAUUUGAUAUUCUUGCAAUUUAAGGCAAAAAAGGUUGAAUUGCGGAAUUAAGUACAUGUGUUAAAUAAGGAAUCUACAGUAUAUGUGGUAUAUGUGUUCAUAUGCAGUUCUUGGUGUUAGAAUUUUGAAAUCCAAUUAGACUUCUCAUUGACUUCAGGUUGUCUCUAAACCAGUAAAAUACAGUCAAAAACAUUUUGUUACAAACAGAUGAAGUCUGAAUACACAUGCGGUUCUUUUUUAUGUGUUAAUUACUUAAUAGGUGAUAUGUUGUUUUUUUUUAAAAACUGGAGUUUCACUUUUUUAGUGACUUAUUAGUGCUAAAUGCUAUUCAUGCUUGUUGCAUAUUUCAAAUCAAUUGGAUUAGGUAUUGUAUCCAAUACAGCUUUCUUUGUGUGGGUAUUUUUAUAUUGUUUAUGGUACAUGUACUUGUUCUGAUUAGACUAUUCUAGUGAUUGGAAGUGUUCUAAAUAUUGCAGAAAUUUUAUUUUUUUGAUGAUUUAUUUACUAUUCAUUUGAGAGGGGAAAAAAAGAUAUCUGAUAGCAUCAUCACCUUUGACAAUUAUUGUAUAUUGUCAAUUGAAUGGUUUUCCAUGUAAUAAAAUUAAUUUUACCAUAUUUUUAUCACAGGGACCAAGCCCGUUUUAACAUUAAUUUUAAUGUAACCAUAAAUGAUUACACUGAAAUACAUGUUAAAGCGGGCUUGGUCCCUGUGAUUUUUAUGAUGCUGAAGAAUUGUUUGCCAAUUUUGUGGAUGUUUUUUUUUUAAAAUAAAUGUAACAUAUGUUUGAAUAGUAUAUUAUGUACAUACCAGGUACAUGUAAUGCAAUGUUUCUGUAACAACCUCUGAUUAGUAAAACAGAUUAAUUACUUCUGGUCAUCCGUAUGCCAAACAUUCAAAACGGGAUAAACUCACAAUUGUAUAACAUUAUAUGCGUGAAUGGUUUUAUAAAGUGUAUGCAAGUCCUUUUUCUUAGAAAAUGGCUGACAAUUUAAGGUGAACUUUAUAACUAAGGAAUAACAAACUAGUCUGUGGUCAUUUUAAAUGCAUAAUAAUUUGUACUGGUUAUUAUUUUACAUCAUAGUCAUAUUUUAUAUUUCAUUAAUUAAUUAUGAAUAGUUAGUGUUCUUAACACUUUCUUUCUUACCUGUACAAAUCAAUGGAGACUAAAAUAUAUACAUCACUAUUAAGCUAAUCAUUUUCUUGCUGUAUACUUAUUGAAAGAAUUAUUGCCCAAGAUUUGCAAUUGUGCAUUUCAGGUUUUUUUUACAAACACACAUGUUUGUACUUUGCUUGGUGAAACAGUUGCUGUUUCUGCAGACAAUAAUUAACUUGCUAUUGUUUACAUAGCCAGUAAAUAGGUAUAUAAUAUAGAAUAUUAUACAAUGUAAUAGUAAACUGUACCUAUAAAAGAAGUUUUUUAUUGUAUUAAUGUAAAAUCCAUAUUUGAUAUCUAAAAAGUAUUCAAAAUAUUUGAAUUUAUAUCAAACAUAUUCAAUAUUUCAAAUCUUCCAGUUUAAUAUUUACGUAAACUUGUAUGUAGGUAGAUCUUAAAACUUUAAAUGGUUUCUUAACUUCCAUAUUACCUACAAGCAAAGAGUUUACCGAACCGAUCCACUCCUCGCUGAUAGUUGAGCGGAUCUUAAACCUUUGACUAUUAGUGAAGAUGGCCCACAUGUAGCUUUCAAAUAUAUUAUAAAUAAGUUCUAACCUGCUCAAACGUUCGCCAGAAUUUCAUUUUUGUGAUAAUUUUAGAGAGCAGCAUCACUUAGAGAUUUUUUUUGAUCGACUUGGAUAUUCAUUUAUUAAGCCUUCAAUGUUCAUUUCCCUUUGAAAUUUAUAUUAAAUUCACAUGUAUAUGUGAAUUUCAUCAGUAUUACAAUUUACUAUCAAUUGUAUAAUAUAUUAGUUUCCAGUAGGUUUUCACGUUUUGAACAUCGUUAUUUUCAAUGAUUUGUUUUUAAUAAACAUUAGAAUUUCAACAGGUAAUAAAUAUCAGCUAGUCUUGCAUCUUGCCGGUUAUUUAAUGACUAGUCCUGAGUUUGUUAAGAAGCCGAAGCUUUUUAGACAAAUUUUGAUGUGAAUUUUUAAAACAUGGAUAUGACAGUUGCUUUGACAAAGAACAUUUCUUGGAAUCUAUUAUGAUUUUUUAAUGUUUAUGUCAAUUAUGAAUUAAAUCAUAACAUUUUU